GAUUGUGUGUUUGUGUGAACUCGUGAUCAACAAUCUUGCUUCAUUUGCGCCGCAUUGCUCUCCCUAGGGCCCGAACGCCAAUUGAACCUUGGACCUUGAGCCUUAGCGUGUCCCCCCUCCCCAUCCAUUGACCGCUCGAUUGAUCGGGUCAAGCUACGAGUGGGGGCGGUCCACUCGCAUUCUUGCCGUUGACCGAGGUUCGUCUAGCUCCGCCUACUCCGGGGAUUGGCCAUGGGAAAGGCCUGAUUGAGCGCCUUUGCGUGUUGUGAGUCCAGUUGCCGGCAGGAUGAAUAACUACAUGCCGUUGAUGCGGCAGGAUUCGCCCAUGGUGGACGAGAUGUUCGACGGAUCUCAGAUGGACGUGGCCGAUUCCGAGGAUUCUGCUUGCGCCAUGAUGACCGGACCCAGUUCCAACUCGGGAGCCUCCACCAGCGCAUCGGGACACGCCUCCACCUCUUCUUCCGCCACCUGGGCGAGUGGACCCACUAGUGGCACCGGCGGCCCCGCCUCCUCGCUCUUGUCCGAAUUGGCCAACUCGGAUCGCACGGUCCACGCUGAGUUCCACAACAAGUUCGGUGACCUCUUCAACGACCGAGACUUGGACUAGAACAUUCUCAAUUCAAGUUCUGCCCGUCCACGUCUCAGUGGGGACCUGGGGUAGACAGACGCCCUUCAACUUGACCCUCUUAAGUCCAUAUAUAAGCCAUUGGACAAUCCGUGUGGAUUUCGAACCUAGUGUUAUUGUGUCAUUAUUAA